AAAUUAGCUUAUGUUAUGCCGUAGAGAAUCUGAAGGGUUUGGGUUUGUUCGGUGUCGAGCUGCUGCUAUGGUUCCACCAUCAAUCCGACAAAUGCACGGCGUGAGAAGAGUGUACCGGGCUCUUCUCUCCUCUGGUCACUCUCUAUCUCCUUUUCAGUCUUCCUACCUAGCGUCGCUUGCUCGGCGAUCACCGGAGCCGUUGCUGGCCACUGCCAGUUCGCCGCCGCUCCGGAUCCUUGCAGCGCCGUGGGCCGCUAUCCAACGCCGCGGAGCCAAAGUUUUGGGCUCUGAGGUGAGAACUGGGCAUGUGAUUCAGAGAAAAGGGCGCGCGUAUCAGGUUCUAAAAGCACAGCACACCCAACAUGGAAGAGGAGGAGCUACCAUUCAGGUGGAACUACGAGAUAUUGAUUCUGGUAGCAAAGUAACAGAAAGAUUCCGCACUGAUGAGGUCUUCGAGGAAGUUCUUGUUGAAGACAAGUCCUUAACAGUACUUUAUCAAGAUGGGGAAUCCGUCACAUUAAUGGACCCAAGCACAUUUGAGCAACUUGAAGUGCCCAAGGAUUUGUUUGGAAAAAAUUCUAGUUAUUUAAAAGAGGAAAUGGACGUGGUCGUUCAGUUUUAUGAUGGUAAACCAACAUCAGGAUCCGUCCCUCAGAGGUUAACAUGCACUGUUGUUCAAGCGCAACCACACUCGAAGGGGUUAACAGCUGCUCCUCAGUACAAAAGGGUUGUCCUUGAUAAUGGGCUUACUGUGAUGGUACCACCUUUUAUUGAAGCUGGUGAUGAAAUUGUUCUUAAUACUACAGAGGAUAAAUAUUUGGCUAGGGCCAAGGAAUAGUUCAAUGCUGUUUCAUUGAGAACAACACAUGUACUCACUCACAAAUCUAGCAACAUGGAAGAGGUAAACUUUGGAUCAGAAUAUUUUAAUCAAAUCUUGAUUGAAAUGAAUCACAAAGCGUUGGACUAGCUUUGAUAUGCGUGCAAUAUAUGAAAAUUUU